CGUUCACGCGGUCUUGGCUAAUCUUUGUACAGUUAUUUCUAUUUUAGCUAUAUAAAAUGACAUCAAGAUGUACCUAUUAUGCUAUGCGAGCUGCCAGAUCCUGCAAUUUAUUCCAAGUAUCAUUGAGAAGAUUUUCAUUUUCUCCGGCACUAUUAUAUACAAGUGUUUCAGAAAAAACUAUAUCUUACCAAGUUGGCUCAGCAAUAGGAAAACUUAGAAAUUCAUUUACUAAAUAUGUGAUGAAAAGUUUGGUUUCUAAAAAUCUUUAUGAAAGUUGUGCAGAUAAAAUUCCAUACAAUGAAUUUUUUAAAGUUUGUGGUUUACCAGAUACAAUGCAGUCUUGGUUUUAUAUUAUGGAGCUCCAUGUAUGGAUGGUUCUAGUUCGUCUUAAACCAUGCGGAACACAAGGAAAAAAUAUUUCUUACAAAAUGGUUGAAAUAAUGUGGGAAGAUAUUGAACAACGAAUUCGAUUAAUAGGGGUGACAGGAACUACUGAUUUAAAAGAAAGCAUGGAAGAAUUUAACCAGCAGUUUCAUGGACUUAUUAUUGCUUUUGAUGAGGCUUUGCUAUCCCAUGAUACAGUACUUGCAUCUGCUCUGUGGAGAAACAUGUUUGUUGAAAAGUCAAAAUCAGAUCCCGAGAAUAUUGCACUACUUGUAGAGUACAUUCGUAAACAGAUACAUCAUCUUGAAUCGCUAGACAGCGAAACGUUGUUAAACAAUGGCGAAAUUAGCUGGUUACCUCUCAUUACACCCUUGAAAGAUUUCUAAAUUAACUGAAUCGCUAAUUCUACUUCUUAACAAAGUAAAGUAACCGACCACAGUUUAAAAAAAUCAAUUUUUAAAAUUAUUUUGCUCGGCCGUAUCUAUACUACAUCAGUAUAAAAAAGGUUAAUAAGGCUAAAUACAUAUUUGUGUUUAUACAUCAACACACACACAACAAACACACACAUAGGCAUAUUAUUAAUUUGGCUAUUACAAAAUAUUGCGUAA